UCAGAAGGAGAAGCCAACAAACUAGGUCUCUUCUCUUCUUCGGUCUCUCAUGGUUUAGGGGAAAAAAAUCUCGUGAAAAUAAACAUUAAAAAAGCUUUCGUUGAUCAUUUAUUCACUCAUCGUCAUCAUCAUCAGGAGGGCUCUCGUGUUCUCUUCUCUAAAGUAAAGUAAGAUUCUUUGAUUUGGGUUUUCUCAUUCUUAAUCUGGGUUUUAGUCUAAACUUUGGAUUAAUGACUAGGUUUGCUGAUUAGUUGGGUUUUGAUUUUGUGUUGUUUGGUUUAGUAUGAAUUAUGAGUUUCUCUUAUCUAAAAUUUCUCAAUUCUUCACUUUCUCUGUAUUUUGAUUUGGAGUAAUGACUAAAGUUGUAAACUUUGAUGGGUUUUGUAUAAAAAGGUCUGAUUUUUUUUUUUCAUUUUGACUUUGUGUUACAAGACUAAAUGAAGAAAAGGUCUAUGUUAAAGGAUUAUACAGUAUUAGUUUUAGUAAAUUUGAUUCUGAGUUUGUUUCAGUAAUUGAAAAGAUUCUCCUUUAUUAUGUAUGCUAAUGAUGGUGUGGCUCCUUUUACACGUCUCUAUGGUUUCAUCAAAAGCCAUAUUUAACUUUGCCAAAGUGGAUGUAAAUUUCAUUCCUUAAGUACUGAUUCCAUAUCUUAUGUAAUGUCCUUUCUCUAUAUAUAUGUAGAUGCUCCUCCAUGUUCAUUUCUCUAUUGCUUCAUCGUAGCUUAUAGAGGAUUUAAGUUUCUGGUUAUAAAGUACAUAUCUUUAUUUCUUUGUUUUGUUGUAUUAGAGGAGAAUUCUUUGAAAAUAGGAAGAGAAGCAAUAGAGAGCUAAGAGUUUGUGAUCUAAAGGUUUGGAAUAUUCUUGAGAGAUUGUUUUUUUGACUGGGGGAAAAGAUAGUAUCUGAAUUAAUGGAAAGGGAAUUGAUUCAAUGGUUCAUCUCCUUUGUAUAAAGUUAUAUUCUGUAUAUAACUUUCUUAUUGUGAGUGUCAUAUCUCGCUGUUAUUCGUGUUCCUUACUUCCUUAAUUGCAAAGCUCUUUCCUUUCUGAGUUAGGAGGAAACUAUGACUCUGGCUAAUGAUUUUGGAUAUACAACAGCUAUGUCUUCGUCGUUUUCAGCUCUUCAUACUACUGUAGAAGACAGAUACCGCAAGUUGCCUAACUCUUUCUGGCUUUCAUCAGGGCAGGAACUGAUGAAUAACCCUGUACCCUGUCAGUCAGUGUCUGGUGACAAUUCUGGAGGGUAUUUGUUUUCUUCUUCCUCUGGAUUCUGUAAUGUUUCAGCUGUCUCGCCUCAUGGAAGGAAUUUGCAAACACAGUCACCUGUUUCCACCGUGCCAAGAGAUAGAUUUGCUAUGCAGGAUCUCCCAUUGGAAGCACAACCCUCCUCACUGAUCAAUCAUCAUCAGCCUCAAGAGUUCACAGAUCCACUUCAGGAGUUCUUUGAUUUCUCUGAUCAUAUCCCUGUUCAAAGUCUACAAGCCGAGCAAAGUAGCGGUGUAAGGGUUGAUACAUCAGUGGAACUCAAUAAUAGAAGUGAAUGGCAAGAUUGGGCAGAUCAGCUGAUUUCUGCUGAUGAUGGCUCAGAGCCAAAUUGGUCUGAACUUCUUGGUGAUCCAAGUUCCCACAAUCCAAAUUCAGAGAUACCGACACCAUUUUCUAAUGUACCAAGGCAAGAGAUGAAAGCUAACCAGCAGCAUCAGAUGGUUUUCUCAGAGGAGCAGCUCAGUGGCAGAAACUCAUCAUCUAGCGUAGCAACAUCUAAACAACGCAUGCGUUGGACACCGGAACUUCACGAGGCAUUUGUUGAAGCUGUUAAUCAGCUCGGUGGUAGUGAACGAGCCACGCCCAAAGCUGUUUUGAAGCUCUUGAAUAACCCUGUCUUGACCAUUUAUCAUGUAAAAAGCCAUCUGCAGAAAUACCGAACAGCGAGGUAUAAACCAGAGACUUCAGAAGUUACAGGAGAACCUCAAGAGAAGAAGAUGACAUCUAUGGAAGAUAUCAAAUCUCUUGACAUGAAAACGAGCGUUGAGAUCACACAAGCUCUAAGGUUACAGAUGGAAGUUCAGAAACGUCUCCAUGAGCAGCUCGAGAUCCAACGGACACUGCAGCUACAGAUUGAAAAACAGGGCAGAUACCUUCAGAUGAUGUUCGAGAAACAACAAAAGAUACAAGAGAACAAGAGCUUAUCUCCAGAAGAAUCACCAAAGCAAUGUAACACCACAUCUGCAGAAGUCGAAUUUGGUCUCGAAACACGAACAGAUGACCGGACUGAAUCUGCUUCAGCAUCAAGGAAACGGGUCAGAGAAAAUUGAAACAUAUUUAAGGUUGGCUGAAACAUGGUUAUUGGGAAUUAAUUGUGGGAACUCGAAGAUGCAACAACUACAGUUUUGUUAAAAUAAUGACUUUUCCUAGCUCUAUGUUGUUCAGUUUAAAGCAGCAGUUGCUCUGCCCCUGCAACAUUAACUGAAGACCAAUUGUGUAUAUAUAUAAAUUCAUUUUUGACAAGUCUAA